CGUGUCGUGAACUUUAUCCAUCGAUUCUGCCUCGUUCUUUACAUCCGCUGACUCGUACUGAGUAGUUGUAAGUGUAUAAGGGAAGAGUAAUAACACGUGCAAACAUGGGUUUCCAGAAUAUUUGGUAUUCGCAUCCACGAAAAUACGGUCAAGGAUCAAGAUCCUGCCGUGCCUGUGCAAAUAGACACGGGCUUAUUCGCAAAUAUGGCCUGAAUAUCUGCCGGCAGUGCUUCAGGGAAUAUGCUGCUGACAUUGGUUUCAAAAAGCUGGAUUGAAUACAACAUAGAACAUAAAUACAACAUAAUUCAAGCAAUUCAACCAAUCAUACCUAUGAUUUCAACAUCAGCACUAAUAUUUUGGAAUAACAUUGACAGUUAAACACAAAUAAAAUGGUAUUGUAACAAUAUCCAGCACUUACCAAUGUUUUUAAAAUAAACACAUUAUGUUCUUAUAA